UACCUAAACUCUUUUAAACAAUGGCUUCUUGUUCUUCCACCAAGCUUGUUGUGGUCUUUGCUUACCUUGUUCUCCUCACAUUUUCAGACAACCUCGUGACUGGAGAAUCCGACAAUGUGAAGCUCAAUCUUUACUAUGAAUCACUUUGUCCUGGUUGCCAAGAUUUCAUUGUCCAUUAUCUCGUGAAAGUCUUUGACUCUGAUCUCUACACUAUCACUGAUGUCAAGCUGGUUCCAUUUGGUAAUGCCAAAGUCUCCAAGAAUCUUACUGUCACUUGCCAGCAUGGUGAGGAGGAAUGCAAACUAAACGCCCUUGAAGCUUGUGGUAUAAGAACUUUUACCGAUCCGAAAUCGCAUUACUGGUUCAUAAGGUGCGUUGAAAACGAUACAAAACACUGGGAAUCAUGUGUUAAGAAUUAUGGAUUUGAGAAAUAUAUCUAUGAUUGUUACAAUGGUGAUAUCUCUAAAGAGCUCAUACUUGAAUACGCAAAACAGACCAUGAGUUUAAAGCCACCACAUGAAUACGUACCAUGGGUCACACUCAACGGCAAACCUCUAGAUGAUAGUGUACAAAGCUUGGAUGAUUUCGUGGCUCAAAUCUGCAAAGCUUACAAAGGAAAGGCUCCUCUCCCAAAACUUUGUGAUUCUUCUGUCUUAAUGCCUAAGUCGCCUAAGAGGAAAGUGCCGAAGCUUCAAGUCUCCUAUGCCGAUAAAGCUAUCAAUAACUAAGAUGAAUGUAACUUUAUGUUAUGGUAUGAUAAUUAAUAAAGAAACACCUUUAAUAAGAUGAAUGUAAGCUUUAUGUUAUGGUAUGAUAUUAUCAAAGAAUCAUCAGUCACUAAGUUAAUUAUGAAAGUUCUUAGUGAACUAAGAUUAAUAUUAAACAAUGCAUGUAAGCUUUAUG